GGCAAUAUAGAGAGCCAAAUAAGAGCUGCGGUAUGGAUGGAGUGGAAGUAUUCAUUAGGCAGUUGUCUUGUGUUGUUGACUCGAUCCAGUGUUCCCUUCUCGCUUAGUGGGCGGCGCGAGGAAGCGCGCAGACCAAUGAAUGGCCUCCUCUGUUUAAAUAGUCCUUCAUGUCGACUCGCCUUCUCACUGCUCACUCGAACGCCAUGUUGGCUCUUACGACCUGACUUGUGCGUAUGUGUGUGCAUGUGCGUUUGCAGCUUUCCGACCAACUUGACAGGAGCGCUUUUUUUCUUUUUCUUUUUUUUUGAACACCCGUGCCUUUUCUGUGGAUUUUUUUUGUAUUAUUUUUUGGGGGACUGUUUGUGCAUGGCGCACUGGAGUACGCGCGCCGCAUUCCCGUUGUGAUUCUGCAAGGAAUACUAUUUUUGGGAUUUGAGCGUUUUGUGUUUUGUGUCAUAUGUGCAACAAAAUGUCAGACGUGCGCCUUUCCAACGCGAGUCCGCCGCUGGAGAGGGUCGACGCGCGGCAGCAGGACGUCGUCCGACCCCCGGUGUGCAGGAACCUCUUCGGCACACCUGACCGAGAGGAGAUACGUACCCUCUUGACGGCCACCCUCCGGGAUGACGUCCGCUCGUUCGCGGACCGCUACAACUUCGACCCGGACGGCGAGGGGGCGCUCCCGGGUGGGGACUUUAAGUGGACGGAGGACCGGGACGCGCCGGAGUUUUACUCCCGGCCGCCGCACAGGAGGCAGGAGCCGCGGGCGGAGGACUCCGGGGAGGGUUCUCGGGGCCAAAACAGAGACUCUUCGAAGAAAAGACCGUCGGAUGCUACAGGUUUGUCGCGCGAGUGCCCGACGAAGAGGACACACUCCGGGGGAGACGACGACGACGACGACGACGCCGAGCCGCCCCGUGGCGCUGGAGGUCCGGCGCCGCAGGUCCCGUAAACAGAGGCUGAAGCCAGCUCGGCUGCAUCAUCGGGAAGAACCCUCAGCAGACCCCAAUAGGAAGGCAAUAGAGGCUGCACAAGCACUGAAAUAUGUACACUAUCAAGUUUUGGCACUCUUAUUAAUGUUGUUUUUUUAAUUAUUCUUAAAUGGCCUCAGAAGCAGCAGACAAUGUAGCAAGAAGUGUGCAAAUUGAUUAUCAUCCCCUGACCCUCCCUCCAUUUUCUGUUCUUACUACCUAUGUGUGUGUUUUUUUUUUUUUUUUUUUUUUUUAAUAUAUGUAGCACAUAAAAAGCAUUCUGCUUUUCAUGCCUGUGUCUUUUGAAUAAGUGUGAAUUUUGACACGGGGGGGGAGUUGCAGUGCAAUUUCCACCCUAAAAAAGGUUUUUUUUAAUUUGUUUGUUUUCCAAGUGGUCAUUAAUGUAUCAUUAUUAUUCAGGUAUUCCACUUUUUUUGUUAAAUGCAGAUUUCAACAAGUCAGGGUUGCAUGGAAACUUAAAUAUAUUUUGUUUUUUGUUUUUUUAUUAUUAUUAUUAUUAUUAUUAUUACGGCUUGGUGUCCCAGCAUUUUGGCUUGCUGCACUGGCAAGUUUCCAUUUUACCUGGGACUAGCCACAAAACAACGUUUACAUGGUCUCAUUUUUUUGCCCCUUUUAUUUUAUUAUUAUUAAAAAAACUAUCAGGGUUUUGCCAAAGUGUGUGCCUUUUUUGGCUGAGCAAUAUUUGACCAAAUUUCACAGUAUUUGCCGAUAAUCAUAAGAAUUUAUAUGUGUGUAUAUAUAUAUAUAUACACACACAUAUAUGUUUGGUUUAUUCUGCAGCCCAUUGUGUUUAACUGUGGUGUCCAGAUUAAAAAAAAUAAAAAAUCACUGAGCUACUUAUGCAAAUAUGUGAAAUUCAUGUGGAACAUGUAAUUGCACUAUUAUUAAAAGUUUUUGUGGAGUAGGCAGAAAAACAAACUUGCACUGCCUCAGUGAGGGUGUAAACUCUGAAGUGUACCUGUGUGCCUUAAAAAAAAAAAAACACUGAAAAAUUAACUUAUUUAUGUUUCUUGUGUGUGCGCAUGUGUGGUUGGUUGUAUGGCUUAUCCAAAGCAACGUUUUUUUGUAAAUAUGUUUUAAUCAUUGUUUUUAAAAGAUAAAUAAACUGUUGCAAAACUAA